AUGACUACUAUGAAUGCAUAUACACUUGAUCCACUUAAAACAGAAUCUAAAACUGAAUAUGUAGCAACAGCUCCAAGUGCACCAGUACAACAAACUAUGCCACCAACUGUAACUGCAUCUGCACCUGUAUAUAUGCCACCUAAUUAUCAAUAUUAUCCUUAUCAAUAUGCUCCAACACGAACAGUUCAACCGGAUAUUCGCAAGAUUCAGGACUGGUUAGCAUGGUCUAUCAUUAAUUUAUUUAUUGGAGGAAUAAUACUUGGUUUUAUUCCUCUGAUAUUCUCUCUUAUUUGUCGAAGUAAAAAAGCAAAAAAUGACAUCAAUGGUGCUCGUAAAAUGAGUACCUUGGCGACUAAUUGUACUUCUGUUCGAUCACUUAAUCAAAAUAAAUCAAGUUAUUAA